AUGUCUGAUCCUCCAAUUCGCGCAAGAAGACGCCACGGUAACCCGCAGAUGUCCGUCGGCACUCAGUGUACCAGAAGCCGAGCAAAGGAUUCCAAGAUUCCCACUCGGGACCGGGAAAUCUGCUAUGGAGGCCUAUCUCUUUCUCAAGAGUGCCCACACGAAGCUCUUUUAGUUUACGGCACUUCUCAGAAUCCAUCUUUUGGCUCCAGGCCUCCAAUACCCAGCUCGGCGAGGGUCGUGAUUCGCCACUCACCGCACCUGGAUCUAUCCCCCCGGAGCCCCCUCGGCCUGGACCUUCGUCGUGGUUGGACCAUUUACGACGACAUCCAGUCCAAGGCCCUUUUGUAA